UCCGGAUCGCCGGAAGGCCUACUGUCCUGCGAGGUUGAGGCCUGCCCCUCCCGUACUUUACACCCACUCACGUCCCCGGCGGGGAUCCCGGUGACUCGGGCGAAGGGGUCGAGCGAAGCGGCCUCGCGGGGACUUUCCCUGACACCGCCGCCUGGAAGAGCUUCGGCAGGGCUCGCUACGCCUCGCUCAGGCACGGAGACUUAAGCGGCGGCUUUCCUGCGGGGUCAGUCCGGCCGCGCUCUUCCAGACUGGGCGAUGAGCUUGGCAGAGGCGCCGGAGGUGGAGGCGGGAUGGCCGUCCGGAGCCUUGAACGACCCCGCCUUAGAUCUUAAUGAUAAUUCCCCUGAUGAAGCCCUAGUAGAUGAUUUUCCUAUCAUAGAUAAGAAAGCUGUGGAGCAACUAACAGAAGGGCUAAUUUCACACUAUUUACCUGACCUACAACGAUCAAAACUAGCCUUAAAAGAACUCACACAGAACCAAGAAGUACUGUUAGAAACUGUACAACAAGAAAUUUCAAAGUUUAAAGAAUGUAAUUCAGUUCUUGAUAUCAACAUGCUGUUUUCAGAAGCGAAAUACUAUCACAAUAAAUUGGUAAACAUUAGGAAAGAGAUGCUGUUGCUGCAUGAGAAGACGUCAAAGUUGAAAAGAAGGGCGCUCAAACUCCAGCAAAAGCGACAGAAAGAAGAACUAGAACGAGAACAACAACGGGAGAAGGAACUGGAAAGAGAAAAACAAUUAACUGCCAAACCAGCAAAAAGGACAUGAAAGCCCAACAUGUUUUGCCUUGUUGUGCUAAUUAUAUUAACCUUUUGGACUUUCUGGGGAUGCGAUGAUCCCCUCGCACUCUCCCGUUCUAUUUUGCCAAGGAAAGUAUUAGCGCAGUCUUCAUAUUUCUACCUUGCUGUUAGGAACGGAAAGUGUACCACAUUAACUGCUCCUAAUCACUUUUUGAUUAAUGCUUUGCUAAUAUUGCUGGGUCAGAUUUUUUUUUUUUUUAAGAAAUAGGAUACUCUAUGGUAAGGUGGCAACAUGGUUGGCUGGGGAAUUCUGGGACUUGAAGUCCACAAGUCUUAAAAGUUGCCAAGGCUGGAAGCUCUGUGACAUUAAUUCCAACAUCUUACAAGGCCUCCAUUGGUAGUGCAUGUGUCCCAAACCCAGAUUUGUUCCUUAACGGUUAUCUCUACCUCAUUAAAUGUACGCUACACCACACUUCAGGGUAGUUAUCACCCAUCUGUCCAUGUCCCUUUGCUGAGCGAGGGAUCUUUGCAACUUGCAGGAAACAUGGGCAGAAAUCCUUGUGGCAACUUUCUGAGUUCAGAUUCUCCAAAGACAAGACUGGUGGAAUAGAAUUGUCAGGAUCUCAUUGCUUCUACAGGAUCCUUCCUGGGUUAAGAACUGACGGGACAACAGAAGAAGCAUCCAUGCGAAAAUAUUGGUGCAACGUUGGUCCAAUACCUGCUUUCAGGAAAUGAACACCUACCAUAUUUUUCAGAGUAUAAGACGCACUGGAGUAUAGUAUAAGACGCAUCUUAGUUUUUGGGGAGGAAAAUAAGAAAAAAGCUGAUUGGCAGGUAGAUUGGCCUCCCGGAAUACCCCCAAUCAGCUGUUUCCAGAGGUGAAUUUUAGCAACAGGUUCCUUGGUUGUGAGCUCUGUGCCUUGCUUUUUUUUCAGCCUAUGAAACUCUGUUUCAGGAAAAAAAAAAAUCUGCCUCUGAAAGCCUCCAAAACAGCUUUAGAAAAAAAGCCUCUGAAGCUCUGUUUGGGGGCUCCUUUUCUGAAGCUUCAUUUCUGACCCUUUUUUCAGCCUCUGAAAACUUCCGUUUGAGAAGCUGGGCUGGGCUACAUUCAGAGUAUAAAACACACCCAGAUUUUCACCCUCUUUUUUGGGGGGAAAAGGUACAUCUUACAGUCUGAAAAAUACGGUACUUGGGGAAACGCCGGGAAAGUUUUUGUAGCUUGCACCCAUCAGAUCGAUUUAGCUUAGAAGGAGAUCUCUGGUAACAAGCAGCAUUAGAAUUCUGGAUGCGCAGCCUCGGUAUCAAACACAGUCCUGUGUGAGUAGGGGGUUGGACUAGAUGACCUCCAAGGUCCCUUCCAACUCUGUUACUGUUACACAGGUAGCACCACAUGGAAAGUACAGAGCCAGCACAGACUGCCCAGUUGAAUGCUGGUGGCAGACCGCAGGCUCCCUCUUGUGUUCUCAGCAGUUGUUGCUCGUAGGUCAAUCGCCACAAAUAUUUCUGUUUAAAAUCAAGGCUGUUUUAAUUACUGUAAUUGGGGGGGGGGGUGUCCAUCAAGCACGAUCUGUUACAAUCAGACGUCAAAAUGCGUGAUUAAAAAAAAGGGCCUACUUGCCUGUGGGGGGAAAAUGUGUGAUUGUAUCAUUCUCAACCAGCAAACACAACUGGGGGGUGUGAAGAUGGAUGGAUGGUUUCAACCUCAGCAAUUUUGUGAUGUAUGGACUUUUAACUUCCAUACAUCUUAAAGUUGCUACAGUUGAGAAACCCAGGUAUAGAGAGGCAUUGUAAUAAACCUAGCGUUACAAUCUUAUAAUUAGUUAUAAAUAAAAUUACUGUGUUUUUCGGAGUAUAAGACACACCUUAGUUUUUGGGGAGGAAAAUAAGAAAAAAAAGUUGAUUGGCAGGUGGAUCAGCCUCCCCAAAUACCCCCAAUCAGCUGUUUCCAGAGGUGAAUUUUAGCAACAGGUUCCUUGGUUGUGAGCUCUGUGCCUUUUUUUUUUUUUUUUGCUUUUUUUUUCUGCCUCUGAAACUUCUGUAACAGCUUUAGAAAAAAAGCCUCUGAAGCUUCAUUUCUGAGGCUUUUUUUCUGAAGCUUCGUUUCUGUUUGAGAGGCUGGGUGGGGCUACAUUCGGAGUAUAAGACACACCCAGAUUUUCACCCUCUUUUUUUGGGAUGGAAAAGGUGUGUCUUGCUUUCCGAAAAAUAUGCUAGACUAUACGGUUUGAUUAAAAUAGAAGAAAAUCAGCAAAGGCUAAUACAACAAAAGCCAAUAUGAGUUUUAUGUUUAUGUUUACAGUUGGGAUCCUGGAGUUAAAAAGCAUGAUCCAUGGAGUCAAAACUCAGGUCAACUUCCCUAUUGUUUUCAGCUAAGUGUCUACCCCUGCUUUGUCCCAAUUUUAAUGGUGGACUCCCUCCACACAACCACGUUGUUGGGAAACUGAAUCAACAUCUUUAGAAUGCUAGGCUAUUCGCCAAAGAUAGUUAAAGGAACAAGGGGGACACAUCUGGGCACAGAAGGUAGCUGGAUACCUUCAGACCAGUCACUGAGCUGAAAAUUUGAGAAGGUCCUGGCAAAACUAUUCUAAAAAUGUUGCCAAGUAAUUGUGUGCUCAUUAUUGUGUGAACACUUGGAACAACGAUAGUGUCAAUCGCCUCUUAAGUAUAAAAGCAUUCAUGGUCACAUCCAGAUCUGUUCCAGCUAUGUGUGCUUAUAUUACAAACUACUUUUCCUCGUUAUCAAAUGCCACAACAAAGAUCUUUAAAUAGCUUUCCUGCUUAUGAGGACAUUACUGCUGAAGAGUGAUAGAUUAUCAGUCUGUAACACACGCUCAAGAGUUGCUUUCCAUGAGCUUCAGGAGUUUCCUCCAGCUUAUCUCCGCGUCUCUGGAAUCAGCAAACCUACUUUUGGAGUCAGACCUACAAAUAGCAACUAGUUUGAUGCUGGGUGCAGAUACUGUAAGGAGAGAAAUUACAACUGGCUUACUCCUCCCAGCAAGGACGUCAAGUAAACCUGAAGGGGUUUCUGAGGCAGCUUGUGAGGAGUCAAAGUUGAGUUGUGGAGUGCCAUAGUUUUCAUCACUAUUACCAUAAUGUUUGGGGAUGCGGUGGCUCAGUGGCUAAGAAGCUGAGCUUGUCGAUCGAAAGGUUGGCAGUUCAGCAGUUCAAAUCCCUAGUGCCGCGUAAUGGGGUGAGCUCCUGUGACUUGUCCCAGCUUCUGCCAACCUAGCCGUUCAAAAGCACGUAAAAAAUGCAAGUAGAAAAACAGGGACCACCUUUGGUGGGAAGGCAUUUAGUCAUGCCAGCCACAUGACUAUAGAGACGUCUUCGGACAGCGCUGGGUCUUUGGCUUUGAAACGGAGAUGAGCACUGCCCCCUAGAGUUGGGAACAACUAGCACAUAUGUGCGAGGGGAACCUUUACGUUUAAUGUUUGCCAUUGUACAUUAGUUUGGAAGAUGUUGGAUCAGCACCAGGGAAGCCCAGGUUGAAGUCCACCUUUCUCCAUGAAAGAUCCUAGGGUGACUUUAGGUCAAUCACUUUUUCAACACAAACCAAGAAAGAAUGGUGAUUGUGCAGAAAACUGGCAAGAAGAACCUUAAGUAUACACCAUUUUGAGCUCCUGGAGCAUGGCAGCCUAGGGAAUUCUGGGAGUUGAAGUCCACACUUCUUAGAGCUGCCACGGUUGACAACUGUGUCCUGGAGGGCACAGAAAGGCAGAUUCUGCAUCUCUACGCAAUUUGAAGAAAACCACAUUGAGAUAAGCCAGAUUUAGACCAAUAUCCUUUUCGUCUCAGCAAUCGGCCAGAAUUUCUCCAUAAAUCACAAGUUCUUCCAUCUCUUCCUUGCAAGGUGUAGUCAGAAAAAAAAAUCACAAUGGCAGCCACAAGGAUGUGAUCCAAGCACUGCACAAUUAUUAUUUUUUGUACGUCACCCUUCAAAAAAUGCAGAGGUUUAACUCUCGGGUCUUGACUGUUUUACUGACCUCUUGGCCCUAAGACAGACCGCUUAGUUCCUUCCCUCAAAUUAAACAGAGCUAAGCUCCCUUACCUAUUCAAUUCGAUUCGAUUCGAUUCUUCACCUUUCACAAAGCCAAGCUCUCCCAAAUAAUUUAUUUAUUUUAUUUAUUUAUUUAUUAUUCAAAUUUGUAUACCGCCCUAUCUCCCAAAGGACUCAGGGCGGUUCACAGGCAUAUAAAACAUCUAUAUACAAAUUAAAAUAAUCAUUAAAAAACUUAUUAUAAUGCCCAAUUAUUAAAAAUGGAAAUAUAAAUAUUAAAACCAAUUUAAAACCCCUAUAAAUUUAAAAUCUAAGCCAGUCCUGCACAGGUAAAUAAAUGUGUCUUGAGCUUGCGACGGAAGGUUCGGAGGUCCGGAAGUUGACGGAGUCCUGGGGGGAGUUCGUUCCAGAGGGCGGGAGCCCCCACAGAGAAGGCCCUUCCCCUGGGCGUCGCCAGACGACACUGCCUAGCUGAUGGCACCCUGAGGAGUCCCUCUCUGUGAGAGCGGACGGGUCGGUGAGAGGCAUCUGGUAGCAGUAGGCGAUCCCGUAAAUAACCCGGCCCUAUGCAAUGGAGCGCUUUGAAGGUGGUCACCAAAACCUUGGAAGCGCACCCGGAAGGCCACAGGUAGCCAGUGCAGUCUGCGCAGGAUGGGUGUUAUGCGGGAGCCACGAGGGGCUCCAUCUAUCACCCGCGCAGCCGCAUUCUGGACUAACUAGCCUCCGGAUGCCCUUCAAGGGAAGCCCCAUGUAGAGAGCGUUGCAGUAAUCCAGGCGAGACGUCACGAGUGCGUGAGUGAAUUUAAAUUCUAAACCCAGGUUGUCAUUGUUAAAGAGAAGUUGUAUUCCAAUAGACAGGGCUGUACCAAUAAAGCACUGAUGAUAUUACUAGUCUGGAUAAUGAGACAUCUGCAAGAAAAGCGAAGGCGCCUUCAGACCAGGGCUGUGGAUGAUGGGCAGCACAUCUGGAAGGCGCUGAAUUGGGGGAAGAAGAACCUACCCAGGAAAGAUGUUCCCGAACCCCCUUUCCUCCAGCCUCUGGGUGGACAACAAUCUCCCCCCCCCCAUCCCCAGCCAACGGUACUCCUAAGAACCUUAAGCGCUCCAGACUGUUGGCAGCUGUAUUACCGCAUAGCAGGGGUGAAAUCCAGCAGGUUCUGACAGGUUCUGGAGAACCGGUAGCAGAAAUGUUGAGCAGUUCGGAGAACCGGCAAAUACCACCUCUGGCUGGCUCCAGAGUGGGGUGGGAAUGGGGAUUUUGCAAUAUCCUUCCCCUCCCUCUCCCACCAAGUCACACCUACCCCACAAAACUGGUAGUAAAAAAAUUUGGAUUUCACCAUAGCCCUUGGUGAGAAAAACUUGGCAAGGCAAAAGCACUUAACCAGGUAUGUCUAUGGAGAUUCUCCAUCAUCCAGGUGAUGGUUGUCCCAAAGGUGCUUUUUCAAGAGGCAACUGGAGUUUCUGGUUUUUGUUUUUG